UCUGAAAAAGAAAACCAGGAGAUCAACUUCUUGCAUCAGUCCAACACGUUUCAAACACAACACAAAGAGAGGAGAGACACUGAAGUUAUCCAAAUGAUCUCUGAGAAAACAGGGCCACCACAUUCCACCAAAGAGUCCCUGAAGGUCUCGGGGCAGAAGCAGUCCAGAUCAUCUGAGUGUCCUCCUGAGGCCACACCUGAUGGUCUCACAGCAACCAGCGAAACAAACACAACCCAUGGUUCCUCAGGGAAACAUGGCAGGACAGAAAUGAAAAGUGUCAGCAGUCAAACGGAAGAGAGUUUGAACCCUCGCAGUGCUCCACCUGAACUCCACUGUGCGCACACACAGACUGAGGAAGAGGAAGAGGAGGAGGAGGAAGAGUUGGUAGAAUCCCCUCCUGUCUCUCCUAUCACACGAUCUGAAGCAGCAGAGUUAGGACUCAAAGUGUUGUUUUCGGGUUCCUUCCCCAUCCCGUCUGACCCGGCCCGUCUGGCUGAACGAAUCCGUCGCAACAGGACGCAGCUGUCGGCCGCCUUCGACGACACCGAGUACGAACCCUACGGACUGCCGGAGGUCGUCAUGAAAGGUUUUGCCGACAUCCCCAGCGGUCCUUCGUGUCCCUACAUCGUGAGGAGAGGUUUGUUAGGAACGUCUGUGGUACCUGCGCCUCAGAAAGACUGGAGACAGGAGGAGGAGACGGAUUAAAGCACAGCUACAGGUAACCUUCAGAGACAAGUGGACAAUCAGUGUUACAUUAACCAGUUAAACCCCACGGCCCCACGGGCGGGGGCAAAACGCAACAUCUUGCGAGAAACAGCGUGUGAGGGCUUCUUAAUGUUUAACAAACUAUGAAU